AUGUCAGCCUCUAUCGAUGACUUCAUCUACUCCGCCAGGUUCUGCUCGCUUGUGGACGGAAUUACAACUGAGCAUCAUGUGCCAGGCCUUUCCAUCGCAAUAGUUCAAGGCCAGUCUGUCUUCUCGACUGGCUAUGGCAAAGCCUGUCUUGAAAAUCCUACACCUUGCACAGCAGAUACCCUUUUCGAUAUAGCAUCGUGCGCCAAGUCUUUCACAGCAGCAGCUGUUGGCUUGUUGGUAAAUGAUAACGAUGCCUAUCCCGAGGUGCAGUGGGAAACUACAAUGUCCAGCCUACUACCAGACGACUUCGUCAUGUCAGGGGUCGGCUAUACGGAGGCGGUCACCUUGGAGGAUAUAUUGAGUCACAGAAGUGGUAUGGCUGCUCACAACGAUUCUUACAUGAGCCAUCGAGCAGCGACCCCGGACAAUGCGCGAUCCAUCACAAGAAACUUACGAAACCUGUCAGUGGCAGCUCCUCUUCGGACACGAUACCUAUACUGCAACAUGAUGUACACGGUAGCUUCAUACCUAGUGGAGGUGAAGAGCCAGAAAAGCUUCGCGGACUUCCUCCACGAUCGUAUCUUUCAACCGCUGGGUAUGCAGUCAACAAGUUUGCAACCAAAAUUGGCAAUGAUUAAAGGGCAUGGUGAUCGAAUUGCAACCGGAUACUAUUGGGGCAAGGAUGAAUCGACAUUUCAUGAGGUCCAAAGCCCUAAUUGCGAGGAAGGUCAGGGUGCUGGGUCUAUCAUGGCGAGCGCGAACGAUCUGAUCAGAUGGGUGAAAGCAUUGAUUAAUCGAGAGGACCCCAUUACCGACAGAGUCUAUCAAGGUCUUGUCCGAGGGCGAAGUCUAAAAAACCCAUCUGCAAAACGACUGAAACCAUUUUCAUCCCCAGCAGUGUACGCUGCAGGUUUAGAAGUGCACUACUAUAGAGGCCAUGUGAUCGUUGGACAUGAUGGUUCCAUCUCAGGCUUCACAAGUCGAUUCUUCUUCAUGCCAGACUUCAAGUUUGGUGCAGUUUUGCUCACAAAUUCCAGUGACGCAGGAUCAGUGACAUCUAUUCUAAUGCGUGAGCUGAUGGACCAGGUGCUUGGAGUGCCAGAAAUCGAGCGCCCACAACGAACGUUCAAGAAAGCCAUCAGUGCAAAGAGUGAUACCAAACCUGGCAUGGUGCGGUCAAUAUAUCAGCGCAAGGGUGUACAGAAUCGCAGCAACGGAGGCAAAGGCAGCGAGAAAAGAUACCAAGGCAAAGAACAACCGCUCGAGAAAUCAGAGCAUCGCGACAGAAGUAACCGAGAUCAGGAUACACCACUAGCUACUUACAUUGGCGACUAUUGCAACCCUGGAUAUCACACCUUGGUUGUUGAGGCUAAGGGCAAUCAGCUUUUCGUUGAUGCUACAGACCGCUCAAAUGGGUUUACACUCAAUUUUGAGCAUGUCAGUGAUCAGACGAAGUAUAUCGCACAUCUGAGUGAUAUGAUCGAAGGUGGCGACGACGCUGUUGAGGCAGAAUUCGUGUUCGAGCAUGGGAGGAUAGUCAAGCUUGGACUGCAACUCGAGCCAGCUUUAGAAGACUUGAUAUGGUUUGAAAAGGUCUUGUGA